CUGUGCAAAUUGCACCAAGUAGCUAGGCAUGUUCUAUGGAGUCUAUAAUGGGCGACUUUUUUUUUUCUUUCUGGAUGCGAAAUUAUCAGACCUGCCCAAAUUUCUGAGCGGUGGCUUAGAUUCAACCCAGCCAUCGCAAGACCGCUCGCCUAAAGAGGACCGUACGGCGAAUACGCAAAAUCCCUCCUUCUCCCUUAGAUUUCGCUAUGUCCGGUUCAUUCCAACGCCAAGUCGAAGUCGGCCGUGUCGUCCUUAUCAACUACGGUGCUGAUGCUGGCAAGCUCGCUGUCAUCGUCGACAUUGUUGACCACAGCCGUGCCCUCAUCGACGGUCCCACCACCGGUGUCAAGCGUCAAGCUUUUGCCUACCGUCGUCUUACCUUGACUCCUUUGGUUGUCAAGGACUUGCCCCGUGCUGCUGGUGCCACCGCCCUCAAGAAGUCUCUUGAGAAGAACGAGACCAUGGCUGCCUGGAACAAGACCGCAUGGGCCCAGAAGCUCGCUAACCGCACACAGAGAAAGAACUUGGGCGACUUCGAUCGUUUCAAGCUUUUGAAGUUUAAGAACCAGCGUCGUGCUGUUGUUGGACCCGCUGUUGCUGCCCUUAAGAAGCAACAAGCUUAAGCGUUAACGUCAUUCCCUCCAACAAUUUGUUUCUCUCAAAAUAAAUAACGUUUUCUUCAAGAGGCCA